AUGAGAGAUACAGUGUGGCUUAUCUCUGUCGGACGUCUCCCAGCUUUAAAAAAAAAAAAAAAAAGCAAGGGUGGUAAAGGACUCGGGAAAGGAGGCGCUAAGUGUCACUGUAAAGUUGUUCUUGAUAACAUCCAGGGAAUCACCAAACCUGCCAUCCGCUGUCUGGCUCGCCAUGGUGGCGUGAAGCGCAUCUCUGGUCUGAUCUACGAGGAGACCCGCGGUGUGCUGAAGGUGUUUCUGGAGAAUGUGAUCCGUGACGCCGUCACCUACACCGAGCACGCCAAGCGGAAGACCGUGACCGCCAUGGACGUGGUGGACAGCUUCGGCGGUUAA